GGCAGCUCCGGCCUUGCUCGUGGAAAGGUCGUUGGAGGCGGCGGCGCUUUCUUGGCCGCGAGGUAGGGCGGGAAAGGACCCCGGAACCGCGGCUGAGGGGAGAGGGCGGCCGAAGCCUCCCCACAGCGGUUGGCCUCCAUGGAGGGGGGCGCCGGGAACUCGAAGGGCUCCGGCCUUGGAGGCCUGUUCGGCGCCGGAGGAAUCGGCGGGCCGGGCUAUUCUCAUGCGGACCUGGCCGGCGUCCCUCUGACUGGAAUGAAUCCUUUGUCUCCAUAUUUAAAUGUAGACCCCAGGUAUCUUAUACAGGACACAGAUGAAUUCAUUUUACCCACUGGAGCUAGCAAAACUAGGGGCAGGUUUGAGCUGGCAUUCUUUACCAUUGGUGGAUGUUGUAUGACAGGGGCUGCGUUUGGUGCACUGAACGGCCUGCGGCUGGGUUUGAAGGAGACACAAAGCAUGGCUUGGUCUAAACCUAGAAAUGUACAGAUUCUAAAUAUGGUGACAAGGCAAGGGGCAUUAUGGGCCAACACUCUUGGAUCUCUAGCAUUACUAUAUAGCGCAUUUGGAGUUAUCAUAGAAAAAACACGAGGUGCAGAGGAUGAUCUAAACACAGUCGCUGCUGGGACCAUGACAGGCAUGCUGUAUAAAAGUACAGGUGGACUACGUGGGAUAGCAAGAGGUGGUAUUGCAGGACUGAUGCUCACCAGCCUCUAUGCACUCUAUAACAACUGGGAGCAUAUGAAGGGCUCAGUGCAAAGGCAAUCACUCUGAGCAGAGUUGAGAACUGAAAACCCACUCAUGGAGCACAUUCGGACUUGAAUCCCUUCAAUACAGCACGGAACUUAAUAGUGUACAGAAUCUCAUUGUGAUGACUUAAUUACUGCCACAUCCUGAAAGCUGGUGAGAAGUGCUGUUUUAUCUGUGAGGGUGAAGACCUUGUCUCCUCAGCAUGUCCAUUUUUGCCCAGGCCCAUUAUUGUACUAUUAACUUGGGUCAUGUACUCAUCUGUGUCAUGCGAUCAGGUUUGUGUACGGAUACCUUUGUUCGGUUUGAUUCUAAUAAAGUUUAUGUCCUUAUGUUAA